GGUGUUUCGCUCCGCACUUUCUCCGCUUCCCAAAAGAGUUUGCAACCGCAGGCUCGAUCUCCACCCCUGGAUCCACAUUGGUGGCUCCGCUUCCAAGGCCCAGUCGGGGAUUUUGCAAAUCCACCCGCCCCGAGCCUUCCCCCCUCCGCGGGCCGGGCCUGGCUUGAAGGCGUCCAGCUGCCGCGUCCCCUCCAGAGGGGGAUUGGGUUGCACGGAGGGCGGCGCGAUAUUGCAACGGCCGGGAUUGGAAAGAUGGGGAAAGUCUCGGGCUGACCCGGAGCGCGCGAGCCGCGGCCCGCUGAAGGCAGCAGAGUCGCUCCGCGGCACUUUUUUGCAGCGGGGUCUUGCAAAGGGGUCUGAAUCCGGAGCAACUUUGGAGAACGCCCCCUCCCCCGUUGGGCUUCCGGCAGACAACUGAGACCAGAAGACACCGAGGCUGAUGGUGAAGCGGAUGCAGAAGACGAUUCUGUCGAUGAAGUGACCACAGAACACGUACGACCAAGACCACAAGGAUCCUCUCCUGUAUAUGAGUACUGCAUUGAAGACGAGUACUUUAAUAAAAAGCUUCAACAGGAUCUAGAGAACAGACAAAGGAGAGCUUCUUCCAUCAAAAUGAGUGAGUCACAGGAGUCUAUGGAGGUGACUUUGCACACCGAAAUCGAAUCCGGUGCAAGUGGAUUUAGUGUGGCUGGUGGUGGAAACGAAGGAAUAUUUGUGAAGAAAGUCCUCAAGGAGUCUCCAGCAUCAAAGUUAUUCAGUCUGAGAGAAGGUGACCAGCUUCUGAGCGCCACAAUAUUUUUUGAUAAUAUAAAGUAUGAAGACGCACUCAAGAUCUUACAGUAUUCUGAGCCAUAUAAAGUACAGUUCAGCCUUAAAAGGAAGCUCAGUGAGAAGGAGGAUCUGGAAACUAUACAUUCUUCAACGCUAUCCAAAAAGGAAAAAUUAAGCCAGGGAAAAGAAACUCUGGAAAUGUCAGAAAAGACUAUCACAGAAGAAGAUAAAGCCAAUUUGAUUGUAAAACAAAGAGUGGGAAGACAAAAACGGCCAAAGAAGGACAGGCUCUCUUGGCCAAAAUUCCAGUCAAUCACAGGUAAAAAGAUUUUGAGACACAGAAGAUCCCGUAGCACAUCAGAUGCAUAUGAACAUGCUAUUCCAGACGUCUCCCCAACAAGCACAGACACUGAAUUCCUGCCAGAAGAAAUACAUACGAAGGUUAAAAAGGGAAGUCAAAAGAAAUUAAAAUUCCCUAGCAUUGGAUUCAAGAUGUACAGAAGUAAGCCAGAAACAGAAGAGAAAUCUAAAUUGGAAGGAAAACCAUGGACAGAAUAUGAAUAUGGUGCUUCAGGGGAGCCCUCAGAACCGAUAGCAGUAGAAGAUUUUACUUCUUUCGCACAGGAUGACAAAACAAGGUACCAGCAUGAUGUCAAAAAGGAGAUAAAAGAACCAAAGUAUGAACUAAUUUCUCAAACAACAAAGUGCCCUGAAGUUGAAAUCAGUAUAAAAAAACCAAAAGAAAAGAAACACAAAUCAAGAGGAGGAACAAAACCAGAUUCUGCAAUUAUAACAUCACAGAUAACAACUUCUGCAUUAGAAAUAAAGGAUACACCAACAAGACAAACAUCCUUUCCAAAGAUACGGAAAAAAAAACACAAGGGAUCUUUGGAAAAAAUUCAAAACAAAAUGACAAUGCAAAAAGAACUACAAGUGGAAAUCAAAGAAGGCACAGGAGGAAUACCAUAUCAAAUGGAACAAUCAGCUGAAAUCAAAGACUUACCAGGCGACAUUAACAUUUCAAAAGGGAGGCUUUCCUUAGAAAUCAAGGCUCCGAAAUUAGAAAUUCAGACACCAUCAGCUAAAAUACAUAUGGAAGGCAGUGAUUCAAACAUAGAAGACAAUGAGGCAACAUUUAAAAUGCCUAAAUUCCAGAAGACAAAGUUUGGCAUUUCCCUUCCCAAAGGGAAAGGGGCUGUUGAGGGAGAAGUCAUUGUACCUUGCGUAGAGGCUGAGAUGCCUGCUGCAGAACUGAAGGGAGAAGUCAAAGUACCAUCCCUGGAGAUGGGCAUAAAGGCGUCAGGACCCCAGAUUGAGGCCCCGAGUGUGCAAGUCGAGGUGGGUGAGAAGGGCAAAAUCAAAAUGCCAGAGGUGAAGAUGUCAGGUGUCAAGGUGCCCAAAAUCAAGGGCCCACAGGUAGGCGUCACCCUCCCCAAAGUCGAGGGAGACGUGUCCCUUCCCAAAGUAGAAGCCAAACUCCCGGAAGGAGAAGUGUCCAUCAAGGUGCCCGAAGCGGAAGGCAGCAUUGAGGGAGGUGGGAUGAAGAUGCACAUGCCAAAAUUCAAGAUGCCCAGCAUGGGUUUCUCCAAACCAGACCUCAAAGGCCCGAAAGUCAACGUGGACAUCAGCGCACCUAAGGUUGAUGUCGCGCUUCCCUCCGCAGACCUCAGUAUCUCCAAACCUGAACUGAAAACGGGAGAGCUUGCGGCCAACAUCAGCGUCUCAGCACCAGAAUUUAAGAUGCCAGCAGAACAGGCCUCCUUGGAACUCAAGGCCCCGGACUUCCAGAUCCAAGCGCCAUCAGCUGAGAUAGCUCUGGAGGGUGGCGACGCAAAGCUUGAGGGUGUGGAUGGAAGGUUCAAAAUGCCUAAAUUCCACAUGCCCAAGUUUGGCAUUUCCCUUCCCAAAGGCAAAGGCCCUGUUGAGGGAGAAGUCACUGUACCUUGCGUAGAGGCUGAGAUGCCCGCCGCAGAACUGAAGGGAGAAGUCAAAGUACCAUCCCUGGAGAUGGGCAUAAAGGCGUCAGGACCCCAGAUUGAGGCCCCGAGCGUGCAAGUCGAGGUGGGUGAGAAGGGCAAAAUCAAAAUGCCGGAAGUGAAGAUGCCAAGUGUCAAGGUGCCCAAAAUCAAGGGCCCACAGGUGGGCGUCACCCUCCCCAAAGUCGAGGGAGACGUGUCCCUUCCCAAAGUAGAAGCUAAACUCCCUGAAGGAGACGUGUCCGUCAAGGUGCCCGAAGCGGAAGGCAGCAUUGAGGGAGGUGGGAUGAAGAUGCACAUGCCAAAAUUCAAGAUGCCCAGCAUGGGUUUCUCCAAACCAGACCUCAAAGGCCCGAAAGUCGACGUGGACGUCAGCGCGCCUAAGGUUGAUGUCGCGCUUCCCUCCGCAGACCUCAGUAUCUCCAAACCUGAACUGAAAACGGGAGAGCUUGCAGCCGACAUCAGCGUCUCAGCUCCGGACGUUAAGAUCCCAACAGAACAGGCCUCCCUGGAACUCAAGGCCCCAGACUUCCAGAUCCAGGCGCCAUCGGCUGAGAUAGCUCUGGAGGGCGGCGAGGCAAAGCUUGAAGGCGUGGAUGGAAGGUUCAAAAUGCCUAAAUUCCACAUGCCCAAGUUUGGCAUUUCCCUUCCCAAAGGGAAAGGCUCUGUUGAGGGAGAAGUCACUGUACCUUGCGUAGAGGCUGAGAUGCCCGCCGCAGAACUGAAGGGAGAAGUCAAAGUACCAUCCCUGGAGAUGGGCAUAAAGGCGUCAGGACCCCAGAUUGAGGCCCCGAGCGUGCAAGUCGAGGUGGGUGAGAAGGGCAAAAUCAAAAUGCCGGAAGUGAAGAUGCCAAGUGUCAAGGUGCCCAAAAUCAAGGGCCCACAGGUGGGCGUCACCCUCCCCAAAGUCGAGGGAGACGUGUCCCUUCCCAAAGUAGAAGCUAAACUCCCUGAAGGAGAAGUGUCCGUCAAGGUGCCCGAAGCGGAAGGCAGCAUUGAGGGAGGUGGGAUGAAGAUGCACAUGCCAAAAUUCAAGAUGCCCAGCAUGGGUUUCUCCAAACCAGACCUCAAAGGCCCGAAAGUCGACGUGGACGUCAGCGCGCCUAAGGUUGACGUCACGCUUCCCUCCGCAGACCUCAGUAUCUCCAAACCUGAACUGAAAACAGGAGAGCUUGCGGCUGACAUCAGCGUCUCAGCACCAGACGUUAAGAUCCCAACAGAACAGGCCUCCUUGGAACUCAAGGCCCCAGAAUUCCAGAUACAGGCACCAUCGGCUGAGAUAGCUCUGGAGGGCGGCGAUGCGAAGCUUGAAGGCGUGGAUGGAAAGUUCAAAAUGCCUAAAUUCCACAUGCCCAAGUUUGGCAUUUCCCUUCCCAAAGGGAAAGGCUCUGUUGAGGGAGAAGUCACUGUACCUUGCGUAGAGGCUGAGAUGCCUGCUGCAGAACUGAAGGGAGAAGUCAAAGUACCAUCCCUGGAGAUGGGCAUAAAGGCGUCAGGACCCCAGAUUGAGGCCCCGAGCGUGCAAGUCGAGAUGGGUGAGAAGGGCAAAAUCAAAAUGCCGGAAGUGAAGAUGCCAAGUGUCAAGGUGCCCAAAAUCAAGGGCCCACAGGUGGGCGUCACCCUCCCCAAAGUCGAGGGAGACGUGUCCCUUCCCAAAGUAGAAGCUAAACUCCCUGAAGGAGAAGUGUCCGUCAAGGUGCCUGAAGUGGAAGGCAGCAUUGAGGGAGGUGGGAUGAAGAUGCACAUGCCAAAAUUCAAGAUGCCCAGCAUGGGUUUCUCCAAACCAGACCUCAAAGGCCCGAAAGUCGACGUGGACGUCAGCGCGCCUAAGGUUGAUGUCGCGCUUCCCUCCGCAGACCUCAGUAUCUCCAAACCUGAACUGAAAACGGGAGAGCUUGCAGCCGACAUCAGCGUCUCAGCGCCCAAAGUUAAGAUCCCAACAGAGCAGGCCUCCUUGGAACUCAAGGCCCCAGACUUCCAGAUCCAGGCACCAUCGGCUGAGAUAGCUCUGGAGGGUGGCGAGGCGAAGCUUGAAGGUGUGGACGGAAAGUUCAAAAUGCCUAAAUUCCACAUGCCCAAGUUUGGCAUUUCCCUUCCCAAAGGGAAAGGCGCUGUUGAGGGUGAAGUCACUGUUCCUUGCGCAGAGGCUGAGAUCCCCACUGCAGUACUGAAGGGUGAAGUCACUGUACCAUAUGUGGAGACACAGCAGAAGAUGUCAGAAGCUCAAAUCGAGUUCCCAAGCAUGCAAGUGAAUGUUGGUGAGAAUGUUCCGGAGAUUAGUGGUGAAGCUUUUUCUCGUGACUCUGAUUUUAAUGUUGCAGAAAUAGCUGUUGAUGGCUCCAAAGGGAAGAUGAAAAUGCCAAAAUUUCACAUUCCAAAGUUUGGAUUAUCACGUACUAAAGAGAAAAUGGCAGAAAGCAAAGUCAUUGUCCCAAAAGCUUACCCUGACAUCCCUGGCCUAGACACUGAUGUGCAAAUCCUAGAUAUCAGAAUAAUUGAGGGACAUGAAAUAGAAGCAGAUGUUUCAGAACAACAGAUUCAUACUUCACCAGGAAAAGCGCAACAAAAAACUGAUGCUCAUAUAUCCAGCAUAGACGUUCCUCUUCCAUCUGUAGAUGUUUCGGUUCCCAAGGCAGACGUUAACAUCCAGGCUCCAUGCCUAGAUAUCAAAGGUUUAAACAUGGAUGCCAGUGAAAAAGACACCACAGAAAAAGAAAGUAAGUUCAAGAUGCCAAAAUUCAAGCUACCAUCGUUCAACUGGUCUCCAAAAAAAGAAGCCAGCAUUUCUGGUCAGGCUGAUGCAAAUCUAGAAGACCCCUCUUUAACAAUUUCAACAAGUGAGAGAGCACCUGAAUUAACUCUUACUGUGGAAGUUGACGAGGAGGUUGUGGAGCUGGAUAGUCAUGUUUCCGCCGACAAAGAUGCUGAAAGAAGUAAAUUUAGACGGCCACAGUUCAGCAUGCCAAAAUUAUCCCUGCCAAAAAUGAAGGAUCAUAAAGCUGACAUGUCAGUGUCACAGUUGGAAAGUGACCUCAAAGUGUCUGAGCAGGAAGAUCAAGGAGACAGAACACUGCCGAUCCCAGAGCAAGAAAUCAGUGGAGAGGGUGCUAAAAAAGGCAUUAAAUUGCCCAAAGUGAAACUCCCAAGCUUAGAGCUUUCCAAACCAGAAAUUAAAGCUCCACAUGUUGGCAUGGAUGUCAGCUUAUCUGAAAGUGAUGCCCAACUCCCUGCAUCUGAUGUCAGUCUUUCAAAACCAGGAUUAAAAUUGGGUGACAUCGGUGUUGAUGUUAGCAUAGCAGCUUCUGAAACUAAGGGUUCCAUGGCAGAGGAUCUAGUAGGUCCAGAAAUCAAAAUGGAAGGACAGUCCACUGAAAUAUCUUUAGAUGGGGCAGAGAUUAAAAUGGAAGGUGUGGAAGGAAAGUUUAAAAAGCCCAAAUUCCAAAUGCCUAGGUUUGGCAUUUCGUUUUCUAAGGGGAAAGUUCCUGACACGGAGAUUAGUUUACCAUCAAUCGAGGGAGAAGUCCCCCAACUGAAAACAACAACAGAUAUUGCUGAUAUUGCAGUAGAAGCAUCCAUGCUUGAAGCUGAAUAUGCUGUAGCUGGUGGAGAAAAAAUAAAAAUUCCUCCAGUUUCUAAAGCUGUCACAAAGACUCCUGCACUAAACGUACAGCUCCCAUCAGUUGGGUUUCCCACGCCCCCACCAGAAAAAGACUUUCAGAGUGUAGAAUUUAUAUCUAAGGAAGAAAAACCAGAAGGAGAUUUAAAGAUUGAGGUUUUAGAUACAGAAGAGAAAGAUGGACACUUCAAAAAGCCAAAAUUCAAAUUGCCGUCAUUUGGCUGGUCACCUAAAAAAGAAGCAAGCCUUAAAACAGACAUAAAGGAACCUUUGGAAGAUCCUAAAAUAACGUUGCCGGAGGAUACAGAUGCAGAACUAACAGUAGUUGUACCAGAAGAUCAAGGGGUCCAGAUGGACCUUGAUGCUGAGAUGUCUUCAAAAAAAGGCCAAGUGAAAAGACCUCAUUUUGCCAUGCCCAAAAUCUCUCUCCUGAAGCCUAAAUUACCUAAAUCACAGGCCAGCCUAUCAAAAGUAGAGAUAGACACAACUGAGGAAAGAGAAGGUGUGCUGGUACAAAUACCUGAUAUAGAAAGCAGUUUUACCACCGGAGAUGAAGAAGCAACAGAAAUAAGCAUUAAAAUGCCAAAAGGAAUAUCAAAACCACAGAUCAAAGCUCCCAAAACAGAUGUGGAGGCUAAAGUACUUACAGCUGAUGUUGAAGUUCCUGCGACUUGUCAUUCGUUUGAGCUGAAGAGUUCUGGAAGAGAAUUUGAAGGAAAAUCUGAUGAAGUGGAUGUGGACACUGCAGGGAGGAAAAGCGACGGCUUCGAAAUUAAAAUGCCAAAACUCCAGAUGCCCAAGUUUGGAACGUCAGUUUCUGAAGGGGAGGUGCCUAAGGGUGAGGUUGUCACACCAGCUAUGAAAGCGGAAGCAUCCAAACCACGAGUGACAGCAGAGAGGCUUGACGGAGAAGCUCCAAUGCUGGAUGUUCAAGUUGAUACUGCCGACGUUGACGUGAAGGGUUCCUCUGUGAAAACCAAAGUGUCACAAAUGCCCGCAGUUGAAAUCAAAGCGUCUGACACGUCUGUGUGUGGCCCUGAUAAGGAUGUAGAUGUACAAGAAGAACAUGAAAUUCAAACGGAGGGCUCUCAGGGAUGGUUUAAAAUGCCCAAGUUCAGAAUGCCUUCGUUCGGCCGGUCACCUUCAAAGGGGAAAAAAAGUGAUGUGGAGGAUCCCGGGGCCGACACGAAGGCUCCCGGGGCCGACACGCAGGUUGAAAUAAAGGCUCUUGAAACUGCAGUUCAGGCCCUCCUUGUGGACACUGAGUCGUGUUCUGGAAAGGACAGUUUGGAAGGCAAAGUCACAUGUCCUCCAGUGCCCAUUCCAGAGGGUGGAGUUUUCAUACAGAAAGAAAAGGGCUCUGCUGUUGGCCCAUCAGUGGGUCAAGGAAGUCCUCUGAAACCUUCGGGAAAAAUAGAUGUUAAAUUAAGUGCAGAGGGCGGCAAAACGUACGCUGAUGUAGUUAAAUUUGGUGCUGAUGAACAAGUACAGAAACCUCCAUUCUCCAGUCCUAGAGAUGAGUUGUGCAGCUCAGAAAUAAGUGUACCUAAAGUAGAUGCAACGUUUCCUGAAUCUGGCCCAGCGCUUCAACUCAAAACCAAGCCUGAUGAUGCUCCACCUGUAGGAUGUUCCGUUGAAACGAAGAGCUUAGGCGUGGAAACUGUUGCAGCAGCAUCCGCUGAAAUUACUGUGGAUGGAACAGGAAGGAGAAUUGACAUCGCUGGUCCAAAGGAGGAGGUCACGAUGCUAAGCCGAGGUGCGGUAGCAAAAACUGAGGUGUCGAGUGAAAUGAAAUCACCAAAAAAGGACAGUCAAGGAAAAGAAAGUGGGUUCAAAAUGCCGAAGUUCAGCAUGCCUUCAUUUGGAUGGUCGACCCCAAAGAGCACAGGCAACGUUGCUGAAGAUCUACCUCACCUGGAAGAGCCAAAGGCUGCCCUGGUGGAAAUUAAAAUGGAUGCUUCGAUCACUGAUGAAGACUUUGAAAUAAUAGAGUUCCCUGUUGAAGAUUUUGAAAAGGACAUGUCUGCAGAAGCGGAAGUGAAGGCGGAAGAAAAAGACAGGUCAAGUAAAACAAAAGCAUCUAAAUUCAAGCUGCCAAAGUUUGGCAGUCUGCGAACCAAAUCACGGGGCUCAGAAGUUGAUCCACCAAAAGGACAAGCUGCGGGGUCACUAGCUAAAACUGAAGAUGGCACACUAGAAAUCCAGAUUCAAAAGGGAGAUGAGCCUGUUGACUUAAAAGGUACAAAAAUAAGUAGUGUGGACAAGGAAUUUGAAGAUUCAGAGCUGAGUUUCCAUAUUCCAAAAUUAAAAAUGCCCAAAUUUGUGCACAGCAUGCCCUCAGCUGAAGGACAAGUUUUGAGUUUAGAAGGGGCGACAGAUGGGAAAGUUGUCGAUGCUGGUGGUGUAUCUCAACUGGAACUCAGAACUAAGGUCCUUGAAGAGAAAGCAGACCAGACAAGUUAUGAUAUCCAGAAAUCCAAAGUCAGGAUUACAACAUUAUCUGAACCUGCUGUUCAGAGAACAAAGAUGGAGAGCAAAAUGCCAUCGAAGGAGUCUGUGUUUGCAGAAACUGCAGUACGCAUCCAGAGACCAAUGGAAUUUAGCACUAGUUUUCCUAAAGAGCAAAUAGAUACCAUGGGUAGUACGGUCCAUAAAUCAGUAGCUAAAAUUGCAGUACUGACUGAACCAGACAUUCAGACAACACAACUUGGGAUUAAACUCCCAUCUGCAGAUCCCUUUACUGCAGAUGCAUCAGUGCAUGUUCAAGAGCCUCGUGGUGAAAGCAGAGGAAUAAAAAUAGAAACAACAUCAGUGUAUGGUUAUGACAGUAAAAGUCAGGAGACAUUCUCCACUCAGAUAGUGAGAGAAUCUGAGAUUCCUCCAUCAGAAAUCAAAACGGCAACCUAUGGAUUUUCUCUGCUGAAAUUGAAGAUGCAGGAACCACAUUUGAACAUAGGUGUACCGGUCAAAUGUUCUUCUACAGAGGAUAUGAGUGAAACAUUUGAGAAUAAAGAUUGCCAGCCUGAGGUUUCUAUUGAAGGUUCAGGAAUUGCAACACAGAAGACUGUCUCAAUUGGGUUUAAAGUGCCUGAUAAAGGCCAAGUUAUCGCUGGCGGUUUUCCUGAAGGAGCAUCUUCCACCACAACGUCAACAAAACUGAAACCAUUUGCUGCUGACGUACAAUCUUCUAGUGAGUUUGCGGACAGUUGUUCUGAUAUGCAACCAAAAGAAAUAUCUGUUUCUGCUGUGUCCAAAGAUAAUGAAGAAAUGAAAACUUCCAAACUGGGAGAAGAGCCCGCAGAACAAAAAGAAGACUCGGAUAACAGCAGUUCUUCCGGCAGGUUUAAAUUAUGGUUUCCAACGAUCGGAUUUUCUUCUUCUGUUGACGACGCCUCAGAUUCCAAAGCUGAAGACCAGACAUUGUUUCCAGAAGAAAUGCAACCCAAAGACCCAACUGCAACAGACAGUGACCCUUCUAAGCAAACUGGGUGGUUCAGAUUUCCCAAGUUGGGUUUUUCAUCCCCAGCAAAAAAAGUCGACAAGAAAGAAGAGACGGCUCCAAAGAAGACAAAAACUCAGGGUGAAGAAAGUCCCACAGAAAAAACAGAAAUGUUUUUUGAUGCCCAAGAAACUUUACCACCAAAAGAGAUGGUUGCAGAGACAGAAGAAACCUCAGGGGCAGCCAUUGUCUCAUCUUCAGCAAGAACCGAGUUGAUACUACUAGAGAAAGAGAAAGCUGCAUCUCAAGCAUGUCAAAUCAUUCCUGAAGAGCCACCAAAAUGAGUGGGUUUCUACUCAGCAUUUAGUCAGGCAUAGGAAACUAUGAUGGUGAAAAAACCUUUGAAAAUAAUCAAAAAUAUUGUCUUCUUUCCAGCAAAAAAAAGGAGAGAGAGGAAUAUUGUCUAGAUGCUUAAAAACACUCAAAGAAAUAUACUAUGCUACAGUAGUGUUUUCAAGAUCAUGACUUUUAUCACAUGAGAUAUGUACAUAAGCCAGCCGACCAAACUACUGAUAAAAGGUGUUUGAAGUUCUAAUGAAGCCAACAGAUACCUUUUCUGCUGAUGCGCUCGGAAAUGUUCGUUCUUCAAGUAGAAUAAUGACAGGACAAGAUAGUAAACAUGAGAAUUUGGGAAACAAGGCGAUGAUUUUGUUCUAGAUUAUUUGCAAAGAAUAGUAGGAAGCUAACGCUGGGAGGGUUUAAAAAUAUUUCUUUUUUUAGAUUUUUAUUUUUUUAACUAUUUCUGCUGCUAUCUUGUGAAAAUACAUAUAUUUUUUCAUUAUCAGAGAGCAAUAGGUUCAUUUCGGGAUCAUUUUGAAGCAACGUAGACCAAACAUAAAUAACAAUGUAAAUAUUUAAAAAGUUUAUUCCUUUCCUGUUUGAAAGCAGGAUAACAUUUUGCUUCUUUUAAAAGUUCACCAUUUUUGGCGGGGAGAUAUACAUAUAUAUAUAUAUACACACUGCAUUAUCAAUCAUCUACCGCUCAGUUAACAGAACUAUUAAUAACAAAAGUAAAGCAAUUUAUAUCUCAGUCCUAAAUCUUUGCACCAAAAGACUUGUGUAUGAUUUCCUGCAAUAGCUGCAUCAUAAUUCCAUUUUUGAUAGCGUGCUGCAUAACUGUGAAUAUAACCCAACCUGAGCAGUUAGGCGCCCCCAAAAACUACCUGAGACCUCUUUCAGAAAUGUGUUUGUUAACUACCCAUAUUUUAAGAGCUGUGUCAGUGUGUGCCAUUUUGUAUUAGGGUGCCAGAAAGCCAUAUGAAAAAACGUUACCUGUUAUCAUGCCCAGCCAUUCCACACUGUGGUAAGUUGUACUUGUCUAACCUGUACAAAGUAAGUUUACAUCACCAGCUUGCCACAAGGUUUUCCUUUUGGCUAUUGUACCCUCAGAAGUUUUUCUAAAUAGACUCCCCACUUUAGGAUAAAGACAAGAUAAAUGACAGAUGAUGAUAAAUCAUCUCACCACAGCAUGUAACAGCUUUUUAAAUUGUUCACUGACAUUGUCCUUCCCUGCAGUAAAAUGUUUACCCCUUACCUGCUUCCCCGGAUUCGAAUCCUGUGAAGAAAAGUGGUCAAAUUCUUCUUGCUGCUUGCCGGGACAGUAAAGAUAUUCAACUUAGAACAUUUUGGAUAUUUCAUGCUGUUUGAUUUGUGUUGGCGUAGUGUGGCGUAGUGGUUAAGUGCUUGCACUGCCACACACAUGGUCAGGAGUCAGAUAUCCUGGCAGCUGGCUCAUGGUCAACUCAGCCAUCCAUCCAUUUCUUGGUCGGUAAAGAAUAGCCGGGGAAAGCAAUGGCAAACUAUCCCACAAAAAAACAGCUUGCCUAUAAAAUCACUGCUCGCAGUGGUACCCCAGGGUCGGACACGACUGAAAGGGAAACUUUACCUUUUAUAUUGUGUAAUCCCUUCUCUGUGAAAAAGGAGGGCAUAAAUUAAAUAAACAAGCUAGUAAAUGAAUUAAUAUGUAAGCAGAUGUGCUGAAUCAGUCAAAGGCCCAUAUAGUCCCAUUUCAUAUGGUGAACACCCCAUUUCAUAUAGUGGCCAUCCUGGAAAUAAGGCACAAAGGCUGAUGCAGGCAGCCAUGUGUGUUUUCCCCACCCCCACCCCAAAUGUUGUGCUGUAAUUGAGAGGGUGGUUUAGUGGUUAAGAGCAGCGGGCUCUAAUCUGGGAAACCUCAGAACUUUCUCAGCCCCAACUGUCUCUUCCUUCUGUGGCCAUGAUUCUUACUAGGUAACGACUUUCUGAGUAAACGAGUGCUUCCUUUUGACUCUCCACAGCCUGUCGGCUUCAUUGGGUGCUUGCUAGUAUUAGGAGAGAAAGACAAGUGUUUUCUGUUCACUUUCUCUACCAAUGCAUAAUUUGGGAUUCUUCCUCACUGCCCCCUCUUCUAAUAAUCUAAAUUAAAAACCUCUAACUCCUUAGUCUCUUCUUGUAAGAAAGGCAGUCGAGUUUUCAAUCCCUUUUCUAAUUGCCUAUAGCACAGAAUUUGCCCCUUUGGAACAAUUCAAUGAGUCGACUUUUUAAAAUAAAGAUAUUUACCAUGACAAAAUGGCCUCCUAUAUAUCACUGCAGGUAGUUACCAAGUGGUAAUUUAUCACAAUGUGCACAGCACAUUAGAAGAGCCCUGCUAGAUUAACCCAGUGGUCCAUCUAACCCAGCAUCAUUUAUGGAGGAGAAGUCAAUCUAUGGUUACCAAUCUUGAUCCUCCUUGAUCUCAGAUUGCAAAUGCCUUAGCAGA